GAACUGGACAUCGAAGGGAACAUGGCGUCUGACCUGGCAGCUCUGGAUUUAGUAUACACACACUGCUGUUGAACAGCAUUUAGUGCUUUAUAAUUCUCACGUGUAUCAUAAUUCUGGUUUAUAGUUUAGCUUCGGAUGUCAGAAUAUAACAAGAAUCUUCUGUAAAGUGGAAGUUUUCCCCGAGGCGAUAAGGAUUAAGAUGCAGUUUUGCCAUUAGUUUCAUCCAAAAAGAACAUUACAAGUUUUUUUUUAAAAAGGAUUCUUUAAGAAGAAUGUUAAGAUAUUUAGAAAAUCAAACGACAAGUUUCUAUAGCAACAUUGGAAUUGCUAUAUAAUUAUAUUAGGGAUAGUUUUGAAACAGAGCAUUUGUUAAAUUUUUACGAGUUGUGUUGUAAAUUGUGUCAAUAACAUUUUAUAACACAUUUUAAACAUUUUAAUUUUUGAAAAUAACAAUACUGCUAUUGCUGUUUAUAUUUAGUCUGCUCUAGCAUUAUUUUCCAUAAUUUUUAAUUGGAAAGAGUAUUAUCCAUUAAUAUCUGCGGUAUCCUUAAAGUUGAUACCAUAGUUAGGAAGUUUUUUGUUUUGUUUUUUGUAUUAAAUUUAUGUACAAUUAGGCAGAUAAAUUUUAUCUGCAGUUGUAGGUUUUUCUUGACGAGCCUAUAGGAAUCUCAUAAUCCUCUUUAAAUUAAAUUUCAUAAUACGUACAUUUCCAAUAUUACAAACAUGAACGGAAUCGACUCCCAGCAGAAUGAUUCUGCUCACAAUAACUCUACCUCAUCUUCGAACAACUCUCACGACUCUUCGCAAGGCAGUUCAAACCAAGAAGAAAACAGAACUAACCUGAUAGUCAACUACCUUCCUCAAACAAUGUCGCAGGAGGAGAUCAGGUCUCUGUUUGCCUCCGUCGGCGAAGUAGACAGUUGUAAACUGGUUCGAGACAAAGUAUCAGGCCUAAGUUUAGGAUAUGGUUUUGUCAACUACCACAAACCAGAGGAUGCUGAAAAAGCUAUCAGUACACUCAAUGGGUUACGCUUGCAGAAUAAAACGAUCAAGGUAUCAUUCGCACGACCUAGCAGUGAUGCUAUCAAAGGAGCACAUUUGUAUGUAAGUGGGCUACCUAUAAAUAUGACACAGCAAGAUCUGGAAGACUUGUUCAGUCCUUACGGCAAAAUUAUCAUGUCGAGGAUUCUCUCUGACAGUACAACAGGCUUAUCCAAAGGAGUUGGUUUCAUCAGAUACGACCAGCGAACCGAAGCUGAAAGGGCGAUAAAAGAAUUAAAUGGAUCAGUUCCUAAAAGAGCCAUUGAACCUAUUACCGUUAAGUUUGCCAGCAAUCCUAAUAAUUUAAACAAGGUAAUACCGCCUCCGAUAGCUGCUUAUUUAACACCGCAAACGGCUCGUCGCUUUGGCGGUCCUAUACAUCAUUCCGCUGGCCGUUUCCGAUACUCUCCUUUGGCCGACCUGCCUCCGAAUGCAAUGCUUCCUGGGAAUGCUGUAAACGGAUCUGGAUGGUGCAUUUUUGUCUAUAAUCUGCCACCUGAAACUGAGGAGAACGUUCUAUGGCAGCUGUUCGGGCCUUUUGGUGCUGUACAAAAUGUUAAGAUCAUUAGAGACUUGCAAACAAACAAAUGCAAAGGAUUCGGUUUUGUAACGAUGACAAAUUAUGAUGAAACUGUCGUUGCUAUACAGUCACUUAAUGGCUACUCUCUUGGCAAUCAUGUUUUACAAGUGUCAUUCAAAACAAAUAAAAAUAUGUCUUCAUAAAGAAUCUGGUUUAUUUCUUAAACUGUGACAAACAGUCUAGUCAUUUCUGUUUUUAAGAUUACAUAACCCGAUAAGAUCUCCACUUUAGUUUAGUAAAGGCAUGUUAUUUAUUGUGUUUUGAAUUAAUAGUUACUUAAAAAGAUAAAAGAAUUUUUAUUGGGGUUAUGCAUUCUUUAACAUUAUAAAGUUUUUUUUCUUUUUCUUUUAUUUUUAACUUAAUAAUUAUCGAUGAAGCUAUUUGAAACUGGUGCAAUUGCUGCCUAUGUUUCUUAAGCCAUAUAGUAGAAUAUAAUUAAGAAGUCAAAUGAUUAUUAGAUAUAUUGCUAAUUUUACUAUUUAUAUACAUAUUUAUAAAUAUUAAAUGUUGUUGGUAGCACUGUAGAGUCUGCAAGAGUAUCUUGUACGAGUGUAGGUUGUAAUAAUAAUUUAAACAUUCGUUAGAUGUUUGUGAAUUUUGUAAAAAAUGGAUGUUCUCAUAGUAAUAAAUGUAAUGCGAUGUUGACGUAUUACUUCUUGAGAAUCAGAUUUUCUGUCGUUAUGAACUCACAUUAGUCAGCUAUACAAAAAUCCAAGUUGAGUAAUGUAAUUUUGCAAAAAACAAUUUUUUUUUUUUUUUAUUUCUUUAUAACAAUUUGUUAGAAAUGUGUAACAAAUUUAAUCUUUGAUCAAAUUCUUUAGAUAAUUGUUUAUGAAUUAGAUUCAAUAUUGUGCAAAUAUUUAGUGUGCUAUGUUUUUUUUUUUCAUACAUAGCAUUUCAUAAAAUGCUUUAGCGUAAAUAUUUUUAUUUUUUAAACAUUUAUUAAUAUUUAUUUCUUUAUCCCCUCAAAAAGAUUUGAGGUUUAUUUAGGCUCAUUUUAUGCUUGUAAAGUAGCUUUCAAAAUGAGCUUUCUUCCUUUUAUUUUAUUUUCCUUUUCUUUGUUGUAAUGUUUUCGUUGUCUUAAAGUAAUGUAAUAAUGGUUAAUUUUAUUAUAAAUGACAAAAUGUGUAAUGUAUAAAAUCAAAUGAGCAUAAUAAUUAGGAGUCGGGAUAUGUACUGAUCAUUUCAUGUUCAUGUAUUAUCUUCAAUUAUGUUGUCGUCCGAAGCUGUAUCUAUAUUUAGAGUUCUUUUUCAAUAUUAUUGAUUACAUGUUAUUUUCGAUAAUGUGAACCAGGCAAUAGCUAUUCUUUAAAAAAUGAUGUAUAGUG